GGAUAUGUGGUUCGGGAAUGACGUGUCGAGCGCGGAACUAAAAACAGGAGAAGGAGAGUCGGAGUACUCGGCCUUCGGCCCUUGAAUGUAAGCUUUGAUGGCCGACGUCCCUGACAGCUUCCGCUCCUUCACCACGAACUUUGGGCCUCUCAAUCACCUCAUACCAUACUUCCGAGAUUAUCUUGGAGGUAUAAUCCUCUACACAUCCAAUCACGACCGUCGCAUUUACGAACUGCUCCUGGCGCCCGCUCCCAUCGCCACCAACGUGGGUACCCAUCGCGGAUAGGCGCUCUGACACGACAUCUCUCACUUUACAACUGCAUACCCCUCCCUCGAGUUACGCGUCCGACCUGGCAUCCGAAGUGAUAUCGUGAAGGAGCUUGCCUCCACUUUGAGACGAACCUAUAUAAUCCAUCAAUCUGCCUGGUCGCACACCAUCUCAUAGCUCUGAAAUGACGGCUCCGCUGGACUCGAUCCCCGUACUCACGCCCGUGCCCGCUUCCAAACCGCCGAAGUCGCCCACUUUUGAGAACACUGGAUCAGAGACGUUCGAUCAUUUUUCGACUCGCUUCCUCCCUCCGACGCCUCGUGCUUCGCCUGUUUUCGUUGCCGAUCCAGUCCCGGUACCGGUUCACCUCGUGGACGAUCCGACGUCUCCGGACUCUGAAUUCGGCUCGUUCGUAUCUGGUCCCACGUUGCACGAUCCGCUCUCGGAUGCUCUGCUGGAAUCCGAGCCCAGCACGGCCAGCCAGGCGUUCUUUGAAGACACGAAGAGUCGUGCAGAGAAUAACAGAGGAUUGUUGGAUGAAUUGUUGCUCCAUGAGGACGAGCCAUUGUAUUUCGUCAAAGACGAAGAGCAGCGCACUACUUCGCCGGAUCCAGAGGAGCAUUUGUUACCGUCUGAGCGACCCAAUCGAUACAUCGACGACCAACUGUCUGACCUCGAUUUCGACUACUUCUCUAAACUUCCCGCGGCGACACCUGCCCCAGUACCAGUACCGACACUACAUAAGCGAGCGUCAUCAUCCUCUUCAUCCUUUUCGUUUCUCCGCUCUUCAGCCACCCGACCGACACUUGCACCACCUCUGGCUUCCAAAUCGUCGUCUGACGAUGCACCAGGGCACGAGCAGUUCCAUCCAUCCAGUCCGCCAGCGAGCAGCAGCUAUGCCUCGCUCGCGACGAUCUCCAAAUCUUCCGGUGCCAAAUGGGUCGCCUCACUCCUACCGACUGUGGUCUCCUCGCCCACAGGCAUCCACUUCCCACACACAUCAUCCUCUGCGGACUCGCUGUCAGAGUCUGUUGUGUUGCCGCCGCAACGAGCGCCAGCGCUGAAACACUUCACGCCAUUCGCGCCGUCACACUCGCAGUCGGAGCCCGCUCCUACUGGCGCACCGGGUUUCCGUGGCGGGGCGUCUUACGACUGGGACCGCGGUUUCUCGCGGGCAUUAGAGCACGACCUCGGCGUCGAUCGUAGCAAGCAGGUAGUGGAUGAUCCCUCCGUGAAAGUGCUCGGCUCCGCGAAGGUAGAUGUGUCCAGAAAUGGGAACGGGAACGGGCAUGGGCAUGGAGUGGGCGUUCUCCUUGAGAAGUCUAUGGUUGGGCUGAUUAAUCUCGUGGGCCGGAGGGAGGGCACGACGCCCGUGCUAAUGCCGGAACUGAUGUCGUUGAUUCAUCCCCAUCUGCCCGCCCUGUUGCGUUUAUCGAGGCAGUGGUCGUUGUUGUAUUCGUUAGACCAGCACGGCAUCUCGUUGAACACGCUGUAUUCGCGCUGUGAGCCGCCUGCGUCCACGAGGGUACCGCAUCCCAAAGGCGCCCUAGUCGUAAUUCAGGACUCAGGGAACAUGGUAUUCGGUGUUUGGCUCGCAGAUGGAUUGAGGAGAAGCACACGGGGGAGUUAUUAUGGUGGUGGUGAAUCGUUUCUCUGGCGCUAUUCUCCGUCCGCCGGCAAGUUCAACGUUUACAAAUGGACCGGCAGGAACGAUUACGUUGCUCUGUGCGAAGACGGCUUUAUCUCAUUUGGAGGAGGGGACGGCCAUUAUGGACUGUACCUGGAUGAUUCGCUUUUUGAUGGUUCAUCCGCCCGGUGUCCGACCUUUGACAAUGACCCGUUAUGUUCUGGAUCCCCGUCAAAAAGCCGGAACGUUGAUUUUGAGUGUGUAGGACUGGAAGUCUGGGGAGUCGGUCCUUGAGAGCAGUAGACCUCGUACCGUACUACUAUUGAUCGCAACUGACAGGUGUUUCUGCACCAUAGAGGUGUUUUCAGUCGUUAGAGCCAUUUAAUGCAUCUAUUGCCUUCGGGUUUUUUUCAAAUCAUUCCUUAUAUACUCUCAAAUGAUUGUGCA